AUGGGGAUGAAAAAAAAAAUGAGUUUCAUCGCAAAUCUGCAGCUGAGUCUCCCUCCACGAGCACCUCCUUCACCUUCCACCACAAUUACAUCAUCAUCGUCAAACUCGAAGCCCAAGUUCUUGUGCUCUUUGCAGAAACCUAGACCAUCUUCUCCAAUUUCUCUAACUCCAAACAUAAUCUCUCUGGCCCUUGCUCUGUCUCUCUCUUCCUCCUUCCCUGCCUUAGCAAUCCCUUCUCUCUCCUCUUCACAAUCUCCCACCACUCCUUUCACCCAAUCCAAGUUCUUGCAAACUGGUCUUCAAGAUGGAAAAAUUAGACCUUGCCCUUCGAUAAACCCAGGAUGUGUAUCCACCAAUCCAAAGUCGUCUUCUUUCUCAUUCCCGUUGAGGAUCCCAGAGAACGAUACAGAGGAUCCAAUUCAGAAAUUGGAGGAAGCAAUAAUGAACACCCAGAAGAACCCGAAGAUAUUGGCUCUCGAAGAUACCCCUUACGGGAGGUAUCUGGAGGCAGUGGUGGAAGGAGGGUUUAGCAGAGAUGUGAUGGAGUUCUUGGUGAAAGGAGAUGUGGUUUCGUAUAGGUGUAUGGCCACAAAGGUUACAUAUGUGUAUCCCUUCACUACUGCCUUUGGAGAUUCCAAGGGACAGGAAGAGAGGAUGAAGAAGCUCGUUGAUCAGCUCGGUUGGUAUGCUCCUAGUUUCGACUCCAUUGAUUAGUUCUUCACAAUCUCUGUGUGUGUGUUUUUGGUGAAACUUGGCCAAAUUUUUGCAGUACCCUCUUUAGUUCCUUGAAUGUUGUAAUGUUAUUUCAUUGUGUCUUCUCUUCCAUUGAUUAGUUGUUCUCAUUCUCUUCUCACUGUCUUCUCUUCCAUUGAUUAGUAUAGUUCUCAUUCUCUUCUCAGUCUCUGUGUUAUCUUGUGACACAGCCAAAAUUUUUGCAGUAUCCUUUUUAGUUCUUGAGGUUGUUGUCUGAA